CCUGGCUCUUCAAAAAACAUGGCUGAAAAGACUUAUUCAUCAUAUUCAGUUUAUAUCAUGGAUUCUGCCUAUGAACAAUAUGAUGAUAGAGGUAGAAGCCAGAAAAAAACAUUUGAUAAUAGACCUCAAUUGGAAAAAUUACGAACACGAAAAAGAUGA